UCUUCACUUGCAAGCAACUUGUUCGCUGUAGCGGUGAAUACGGUGAUGUAAAAAAUGUGUAUUCAAUUUUAAGUGCACGAGUAAAAUUUAUAGUCAUAUUUUUUACAUAGGAAUUGCAUCAUUCAAUUCUAUACUUAAUAAAAUUAAGAGCAAAGUAAUUUCUUCCUUUUUGUAACUUUACAAUUUUAAUAUCACGCAAUGGUAGAACAACAGAUGGAGAACUUAUCUGUAAAUGAUGACGAUGAUGUAGUUGACCCAUGGAAUGUAACAGGAAAGUCUGAAACGGGCAUAGAUUAUGAUAAACUAAUUAAAAGAUUUGGAAGUCAGAAGAUAGAUGAGAGCCUUAUACAGAGGUUUGAAACUGUCACUGGAAAGAGAGCACACCAUUUUCUACGGCGCGGCAUAUUCUUCUCGCAUCGUGACUUCCACAAUAUUCUCUCUCUGUAUGAGAAGGGUGAGAAAUUCUACCUGUACACAGGUAGAGGGCCAUCUUCUGAAAGCAUGCACAUAGGACAUAUGAUACCUUUUGUAUUCACCAAAUGGCUGCAAGACGUCUUCAAUGUACCCCUGGUCAUUCAACUGACGGACGAUGAGAAAGUUUUGUGGAGGGAUAUUAAAGUUGAAGAUGCUCGACAGAUGGCGUUCAACAAUGCUAAGGAUAUUAUAGCUGUCGGUUUCGAUCCAAAAAACACAUUUAUUUUCAAUGAUCUGGAUUUUAUUGGAAAAUGUCCAGAGUUUUACCAGAACAUGAUAAGGAUACAGAAGUGCGUUACAUUCAAUCAAGCCAAGGGUAUCUUCGGCUUCGGGGACUCUGACGUCAUCGGCAAAGUCUCGUUCCCAGCGGUAGAGGCCGCUCCAUCUUUUUCUACGUCCUUCCCUUUCAUAUUUGGAAAAAAAGCCGUACCAUGUUUAGUGCCGUGCGCGAUCGAUCAGGACCCCUACUUCCGUAUGUCCCGCGACGUGGCCGCGCGCCUCAAGUUCCCCAAGCCGUCGCUGCUCCACUCCACCUUCCUGCCGGCACUACAAGGAGCCCAGCACAAAAUGUCAGCCAGUGACCCCAACGCGUCCAUAUUCCUGAAUGAUACUGUUAAGCAGAUUAAAAAUAAGAUUAAUAAAUAUGCAUUUUCUGGUGGGCAAGCGACGGUCGAGGAACAUAGAGAAAAGGGAGGCAACACUAGCGUAGAUAUAUCGUAUAAAUAUUUGACGUUCUUCUUAGAAGAUGACGAUAGAUUAAAUGAGAUUAAGAAGCAGUACGAGUCUGGCGAGUUGCUAACGGGCGAAUUGAAAAAGAUCGCCAUAGAAACAAUCACGCCGUUCGUGCAAGCGUACCAGGCGCGCCGGGCCGCCGUCACCGACGAUGUGCUGAAGCAGUUCUUCGAGAUCAGGCCGAUAGAAUUUUAAUGCGUUAGUUAGACUAUUUAUUGUAUUAAAACAAUGACUUUUUAAAUGAGAGGAAUUUGUUACUAUUAUAUGGUGAUUGCGCGGUGAACACAAAUGAAACCUAUAACUUAUAUUACCUUUCACAUACCACUAUCUCACAAUAUAAUCGAGAGUAACUGAUAGAGUAAUGUAAGACUUUUGUCACAAUAUUUUUAUGGAAGUAAUUCAUCAACCAACUUCAAAAAGAAAUAGGUUCUCAAUUGAGUUUUACAAUACGGGGCAAACGAGCAUGCAGCUCACUUGAUGGUAAGUGACUACCGCCGCCCAUGAUCACCCACAACACCAACGGCAUUACAGGUGUGCUGCCGGCCUUUUAAAAAGGAAUAUGCUCUUUACUUGAAGGUUAUGUUGUCGUAUCGGUUUGGAAAUACUGCUGCUGGAUGUUGAUUCCAAAGAGUGGUUGUAUUUGUUUUAUGUUUGUUACCUCAUAACUCCGUCUGUUGUAAACCGAUUUGGGGAAUUCUUUUUUUUUUUUACUUGAAAGAA